GGCUUCAGUUUCCAGAAAAUGAAAGUAAAGCUAAGCUUGCUGCUCUUAAACAAUUGUUUCCAUCUGUCUUGAUGACACAUAAGGAAGUAGGUUACCUACUUGUCACAGAAAGUGGGAACAAAGUCUACGUAGCAGCUACUUUUCAACAUGUCACAUUUAAAUGAUAGAAAUAGCAAAAGGGAAAAAGAUUAUGCUGGAAAGAAACUCAAAACACUUCCUAUUGAGCUACUCCAAAGGGGUCAAGAUGUACCUAAGGUGGAUCUACAACGAAACAGGCUCAAACAUGUCACUGGUAUCUCUUGCCUGUCAAACCUGACCGAACUCAUCUUGUCUAGAAAUGAGAUUACUGAAUUUCCUAAGGACAUUACGGAGUUACGCCACUUGGAGAGACUUUACUUGAAUCAAAACAAUAUAAAAACCAUUCCAGAAAACGUUCUCCCAUCUCUUCAGAAACUUCAGUUUCUGAAAUUGAGCACUAAUCGGCUUGUAAAACUACCUCAAGACAUCAACAAGUGCCGAAAUCUCUACUACCUUAACCUGUCUAACAAUUGCCUGACAGAUCUGGAACCCCUCGUGGGACUUAAUUUAUUAAGAGAGCUCUAUGUCGAGAGGAACCGGUUAACCGAGCUACCGUGUUCGCUCUUUGAAAACAACAGCUUGGCUCAGUUCAAAGCUAAUGGCAACCCUCUCAGAAAACCCCCUGAGGAGGUCUGUGCUGGGGGAUUGAAAGAUAUCCAGAGUUACUUUUCAAUGCUAGAUGCCAACUCCCCAAGUGUUUACACUGUAAAGACCAUGUUUCUGGGGACCACCAUGGCAGGAAAAUCCACUCUGUGCCGCAGCCUAAAGCACGGACAUCCAGUAAAUGUGGCUGAGGCUGAUCGUACUGUAGGGAUUGAAAUAAGUGAAGUUGACAGUGAUGGUGUUCGGUUCUUUUUUUGGGACUUUGCGGGACAAGAAGAAUACUACAUCACCCAUCAUGUAUUCAUAACAGCUCAAGCGUUUGUCAUACUCACCAUCGAUCUUGCCAGUUACCAAAUUGAGAAUUCCAAGUCUUUCAAUGAAAAAGUAGGCUUUUGGAUCAAAAACAUUCAGCUUAAGAUACCAGAGUCAGUGGUCCUGCUUGUAGGAACACAUGUUGACCAGUGCACAGAUGAAACUGAAGUUAAAGAAAAGAAAAAAGAGAUCGAGGAGAAUGUGACUAAAAUGCUUGAAAUGCACAAGUCUAAUUUAGAUCAACAGAGAGAGAACCUCCAGAAUAUGGAAAACCCAUCACUGUACUCUGACCAGAUUAACCAGAUCGAAAGACUGACCGAGUACAAACUAAAGGUUCUUGACCUCGUACCGAUAGAUUGCACAAAACCUGAGGACAUUGACAAGUUGCAUGCUCACAUCAGAGAAAAAGUCUUGAACAAAGAUACAUUCCCUAAUAUGGAACAGACAUUACCAAGAUGCUACCAUGAGGUGGAAAAUGACAUUCAAGAAUUUCUCAAAAAUGGUGACAUUCCCGAGCAUGGUAUUGUGACUCAAGAGGGCCUCCUGGAUGAACUAAAGAACAGACAUGAAACAUUGAACAAUGACAAACUAAAGUUAAUCCUUCAGUAUCUUCACCGGAUCGGGGUCAUUAUGUGGUACAGAGAAAUCACAGAACUGAAAGAUUGUUUGUUUGUAAAACCAUCCUUCCUCAUCACGUUGUUCAAGGCAAUUGUGAGACAUGAUCUGGACAAGGAACUAGAUGGUAUUUCCCCUGCAAUGCUGAAGUCAGAAAAUGCACUUCAGAAAUACAAGGAAAGAUGGAUCAAGGACUAUAAAGACCGAGCAACUUUAAGCAAAGUGGCUAUUAGGAUCCUGGUGCGCACUGAGAUUCAGAAGUUAGGCAUUAGUGAUAAAGAACUGAUUAAGGAUGUGGUUGGAUGCAAAAAGACAACAGGACAUGUCCUUUUGCUAUUGGAACACUUCGAUGUUUGUUUGUCAUCCAGAAAUAGCUGUAUACUCAAUCCAAAUGCCAAUGAAUUUGAACCAAAGAAACAAUGGGUGGCCUCAAAUCCCAUUAUAUAUGAGCCAGAAGCUUGUUUGUUUCCAAGUUACCUGACAGACAAUAGGCAGGUAGAAAAAAUGUGGGGAACAGACAGUGCAGAGGACCUCAACAUCCAUGUUUACUUCCUACCUGAAAUACCAGAUGGUUUCUUCCACAGACUUGUCAUCAGGUUAUGUUCAUGGUUUUCUCCAUACUGGAUGGGAAAAGACCAGUGUUUGCUUACCUCUGGCAAUAAACGUGUUCUGCUCAGAGAACAUCGCGAUGAAUCGUCUGAUCAGUUCAUUGAGAUACGUGGCAAAGAUAUUGACAAAGAAAUUCAGAAAUUAUGGGAAGUGAUAAGACGGAUCAUGCAACGACUGGACAAGCUCACUGAACAGUGGCAAGGGCUGUGCCUGAAAGUCCACAGUCCCUGUAGGGAUCCUAGCUGUGAAGAUUUCUUUGAAUGGAAUGACUGGAAUGAAUGGUUAGAUGAAUCUGGUACAAACAAAUAUAAUGAGGGACUAGAGAAGAAACAGACUUGCCGUAAUGGACACCGUAGAAAUACGGAGUUGCUGUUCCCUAGAACCCCUGAAGUCACUGAAAAGAGAACAAAUGGCGACUCCGACUUUGAAUGAACAUCAAAACAUAAAAAGAUUUUGAUUCACUUCAUGUUUGUCUGUAUAGACACUAUAAUAUUGUAAUGUGUCGAUGAUAUAAGUUAAAAAUGUUGAAAUGCUGUUAUAUAAGUAUCCUAAAUUGUAGUUAAUGUAUGUCAUUUAUUUGCACUGUAAUGUGGUCUACAAUGGAGGAACAGUAUAAAAAUUUGGGGGGUGUUUGUGGGAUAAUGAAAAUUGCUCAGUUGUACCGAUGUCUGGUUGGUACAUAUUUUAGCCGCUAGGUGGUGAUGUUUAUUUAUUACACUUCACAUAUCGUUUCAAAGGCUUUUAUGAAGCUACAUGCUGUUGAACUCUUCGGUUAUAUAAAAAUUGUCUCAGUAAAGCUAUCCAGAUACCAGUGUG